AUGGCGGCGGGCGGCUGGUGCGGGCACCGGGCCCUGCGGGCCCUGCGGGCGGCCAGCGGCAGCCACUGGGGGCGGCCGGCGGUGCCCGAGCCCAGGGCGGUCGGUGGCAGCUCCCGCCGCCUCUGCGCCGAGGCGGAGCGCGGCGUGACCUACGAGGAGCUGAAAGAGCUGAAAAAAUCCAGCGUCGUCCACAUAGAUGUGCGGGAGAGGUGGGAGGUUGACAGAGACGGGAAGAUCCCGGCCUCCAUCAACAUACCGCUGAAGGAAUUAGUGGAAGCUCUGCAAAUGGACCCAACCGACUUCAGGGAGCUGUACAAUCAGAAGAUGCCUGCCAAGUCAGACCAUGUGGUUUUCUCCUGCUUUGCAGGAUCAAGAAGUAAACAAGCACUGAAUUUUGCCACGUCCUUGGGUUUCAGCAGAGUUCAGCACUUUCCUGGUGGCUUUGAGGAAUGGGCAAAACGUGAACAUCCAGAGAAAAAGUGAAGAUGACUACCUCCAUCCCUGCUCUACCUUCAGAAUGCUUUGUAGAUUUUAGCACUGCCUGCAUUCCACUUUCAGAAUACAGUCCUCUUCUGUUUUCCUGUGUAAAUGGGCAUUUACCUUUAAAUAGUAAUGCACAUUAAUGACUUGGUUAAAAUUAUACUUAAGGACUAUGACAUGAAUAGAUGUUAAAUUUGUUUGACCUUUAAUUUGUGCUAUGAUGAUGCUAGAAGUAUGUGAAAAGAAUUUUGUAUGAUCUGCUUUAUGACUGUUUAAACAAAUGAUGAUAAUACACAUAAAGUUAUCCUUUCCAAAUAA